AUGGCGGACUCGUCCACUCCUGCCCACCACCUUCCGUUCCACCAGGACCCACCCACACGACUUCCGUCAUCCUGGUCUGGAUCUUCAAGACUCUCCAAUCCAACGACCUCUGGGCGUGUUCGCUCUCCUGCCUUCGUGAUGCAGCAGGAGGAUGCAUACCUGAUGCCGGCUAGCCCCGCGAGCGGUCGCCGGGCUACUGCCACCGCCGAGAUCCCCACCGUGAAAAAGGCCCAGGGCCAUGUCCCCGCAUGUCUGGUAAAUGCCUCGCUGACGUACUGCGGCAACGAUCGCAUCUACGCCUUCGGCGGCUUUGACCAGUACACUGAUGAAGGUUCGACCGUUUCUAUCACCUCCAAUCUCCUCCAAUCUCUUUCCAAUCUACCAAAUCCGAGAGCUAACAGGCUGUUUCCCACAGUGUAUAACCACGUGCUCAGGUUAGACUUGGAUACCUUGCGAUGGGAGUUGGUGGACAACUAUGGCGAUAUUCCCGGGGUGCGCAUGGGGCACACUGCUACCCUUUACCAAGGCGAUAAAUUGAUCAUCUUCGGAGGUGAGAACGAACACCGCGAGUACCUCUCCGACGUCAUCAUCCUCGACCUGCAAAACUUUCACUGGACCUUACCGCAAAUUAGUGGCUCGGUUCCACGGGGACGGGCACGCCAUGCCGCUGUCAUCCAGGACGACAAGCUAUUCAUUGUUGGUGGAGUGACUGGCGAAAAUAAUGUCAUCUUGGAUGACCUGACGUAUCUGGACCUGCAAACCUGGACCUGGUCUCGAACAUGGAGUUUCACGGCCCGCUUCGACCACACCGCGUGGGUCUGGGGCAAUCGCCUUUGGAUCUUCGGCGGACUGGGGCCCAACAUGGAACGAAGCUCCGAUAUCUGGUGGCUUGACCUCAAAGGCUCUCCUUCCCUAGCCGGAAUCACCUCCUCCCAAGGUAACGACGAUCUCCCGGACACACGGUUGCCUAUUGCUCAUUAUCCAGACUCCAUUUCUAGUCCAUCAUCACAGCAACUGUCCCCUCGCUCCGGUAUUUAUGCCGCAAACUCUGCCAGCGUCCAGGUCCGCAAUUUUGGUCGUCGCAAGCCCCUUGCUCCGGGUGCUAUCUCAUGCCUGCGUUUCCACUCUGGUCCGAAUGUCCCCCAGCUAUUCUCUGGAACCCACUUCCAAUCCUUUUCGUCUGGGGUUUUGCUUGACUUGAUUACUCCAUCUGAGACCGUGCGGUCACAUGAUUGUAAUCUAUCUGCCCUAGAUUUGAAUACACUGCGCUGGCAGCGGCUGGCCGACGGACAGGAGGUUUUCCGGCCGGGCUAUCGGUGGCAUUACUGCACUGUGAAUGAGACGGGUACCAAGGCAUGGUUACUGGGUUGCAGCCUCGACCUCGCUAAUGCACCCGGGGCCAGUGACGAGAAUCACAUGAGUGAAAUUCUCGCCAUCGACCUAGAGAAAUACGGUUUACUUGGCAGUAGCCUAUCGGCGGCGGCCCCUCACCAGGAUGCCUCAUGGCCGGCUGACCAGCCGGGGCAUUCAUCCGUCUCUGGACUUGGGGCUGACCUUUCUGCUGUGUUUGACCAACCCCCCGAAUCAGGAAGCGGGGCGGACUUUGUCAUUACCGCCAUUCGUGACGAUCAUGACUGCUCGGUCUCAGAUGACCUGGUGGACACCCCAUUUGGAUCCCCAAGCCAGACCCAGCCAACAUUCGUGGAGCCAAGUCCCUCCACCUCAGAUCCUAUCCAUGUUCACAAAAUCAUUCUGCAGCUUCGGUGGCCGCAUUUCAAGCGCCUAUAUGCCGCCCAAAUGGCGGAGUACCACACCAAAAGGAUGCAUAUUCCCGAGCCAUACUCCGUCGUGCGUGCGUUUCUGUACUACCUCUACACGGACAGUAUUGCCGGUCAUCCCGAGUACUGCUCGAGCGUGAUUGAUGUGGCGGGCAUGCUGGUCAUGGCAAACCUGUACGACAUGCCCAAGCUCCGCCUCCUCUGCGUGAAUCGGCUGAGCCGCGAGCUGGAUGUGGAAAACGCAGCCAUUGUUUGGGAGCGUGCGGGACGGACGAAUGAGCAUUGGCUCAUGCGCCGGGCUGCACAGUUCUGCUUGACGCACUGGGGGCGAAUCGUGCGGACGGACGGGUUCAAGUCCCUCAGCCAUCAGAGCUUGAUCGAGCUCUGCGAGGUGGUCGAUACCGAGGGUCGUAUUAUCGCCGGGCCGGACCUGGAGAUGGUUGGCGCGUUUGGGACAGAAGGCCAGUGUGAGCGGGACUCGAAGAAUUCUCGGCUGCGGCUGGGCUCCGCCGUGAGCUUGGAUGACGAGUCGGAGGAUGAGGAUAUGGUACUUUCUUGA